UUGAUUAACAAUCUGUUUUUCUCUCUGAGCACGAUGCAGCUUUAUGGAGCUCUGAUCCUGUUUGCGACUCUGUCUACAGCAUGUGGAUUAAGAUGCUACACGUGCACUGCCGCUGAACCCAAAUCCUGCACAGACACCAAAUCUUGUGCUGUCAUCUUCAACCGUUGUUUCUCUCUCAGAGUAGAAGGUUAUACCGCGGUUACCAAGGGCUGCCAAACCAGCCUGGCAUGUGUAGGUGCCAUGGCUUGCUGUGAAGGGAACUUGUGUAACAGUGCCACAUCCAGUGUCCCCAGUGUCGUCCUCCUGUUGGUUUCUUCAGCCAUCAUGGCACACUUUCUCUGACACUCUGAAAGAGCAUACAGCUUAGAACUCUUUGUUAUUUCUAUGCUGCUUUUUUUCUGACUCAAUUUGUACAACUGCAGAAAAAAUAAACAACUUUUCAAUACAAAGCUUUAAAUAGAUAGCUUAUAAUGCACCUGCAACAUGUCUGAUUACUAAACCUUUAUUCCUUGUGCUACUUAUUGCAAACAGUAAUUUGGUUAUGAAAUCCUAGGUGACAGAUGAGUGAG